ACUAUAAAACCAGCUCCUCCAGUCGACCAGUCCCAUGGCAUGUAUUGGUGGGCAUCUACAAGGCACAAUACACUGUAUAACACAAGCAGGGAUAGUGCAAAUAAGAUAAGCGCAGAUCUUACCACCAGUCAGCUGUUUGCAAUGGAGAUCCUGGAGGCGAGGGCGGCGCAAAUUGCGCAACGAUGGAUAACUGACAUUUUUACGCGCGUCCACACCACCUGCGACGUUCCCGAACACGCAGUUUUUGGACCAUGUGAGCUGAAUCACACCUCUGUUUAUGACAGCAUCGCCUUCAUCGCUCUCAAGUCUAUGGACAGAAGAUCGGCACCAUACAUUUUAAGGGUGGACACCUCAGCGCACAAAAUGCCCACUGACGGCCCGAUGUGGCUGCGGCUCGUCCAGUCAGCCCGGAGCAGCGAGGAACAGAACCUAGAGGCCUAUGUGAAGAACGGACAAUUGUUCUUUAGAGCCCUCAGGACGAUCCAGAUGGAUGAGGAGCUUUUGGUGUGGUAUGGGAAAGACCUUGCCAAGCUUCUUCUACUGAACCCACUGCAGAUGCAAAGCAAAGGUGCUGGUCCAUACACAUGUACAAACUGCAACCAGGGCUUUGAGUCUGAGUUCCCCUUCCUGGCACAUUGGAGAUUCCUUUGCACACAGAGACAACCAAACAGCCACACCACCAAACCUGGUCUAGACAACACCAACCAUGUGAAACCUGACUCCCUUCCCGUUCCUGCCUUCAAACUGAGCCAUCCAGAGACAAGUCCACAGGAUGGAAAACCUGCAACAGACUUCCACAAUCUAGCCAGGGAUAUGGAGAAUAACAGUAAUAAGACAGGCUUGUCUGGUACCAGGUGGGCAGGGAGCGCCCUCAAAAGGAAACACACGGAGGAGAGUUGGAAUGGCCCACAGCCUCUAGUCAUAAAGCAGGAACCACUGUACUGUACUUUGAACUUAAACCAACAACCGAGCCCGGUCACCUGUCACCUGCCCACCAAUAUAAUAAGGAGCACCUUUACUAAAGACAGAACCGCUCAACUAAAACCACAACUGAAGACCUCAGGGCCAGAAGACAUUAGAUCCAACCCACAGAACCAGAGCAUUCAGCCCAGAAGUGGCCCAGCAGUGGAGCAGAGUGACUCAAAGAAGAAGACUCUGAAAGACACUCUGUCUCGAUCUCCAUCCCGCUCUGAGGAAACCUCCACUGACUCUCCUCCUGUCACCUCUGCCUUCAACCAAGUCUCUGUCUCGGAGAACAGGAGAAGUGCCUUCUCCCAGCCCCCACGCUCUGUUCCACUUCCCCAGACUACCCCCCUGCCUGAGAGGGCUAAAAUCUCCAUUACCACCCCCUCUACUGCCCUCCACAGACCUGUGCUGGUCCAGGGUGUUUUGAAACAGAGGCACCCUCUCUAUAGCCCAGCAGCUCUCUGGCCCUGGACCCCAGGGAGAUCCCUGCAGGUUCCGAUCCCCCCCUCCCCGGUGCUCCUGUCCCCUUCCGUCUCACGACUCUCGCCCCUCUGCCUGCCGGCUCAGAACUGGUGUGCCAAAUGCAACAUUUCCUUCCGCCUGACUUCAGACCUGGUGCAGCAUAUGAGGUCUCACCACAAGAGGGCGCUUGAUGCCACAGGAUCUGCGUGUGGGGUGAAACAACAGCAUCACAGGGAGAGGGAAGAGAGGCUCAAGUGUUCCAUCUGCAGCGAGGUCUUCAGACAACGUCAUCACCUUGCACGUCACUUGACCUCUCAUACAUGAGUUCAGAUCAUUAGUAAGGUAUAAUAUUCAUAUUGAUAAAGAUACUAAUGGGGAACUAAUUCAACACAUGAAAUAACUAUUAUGUAAUUAUUAUAAUGUACAUUAACAAUGCAAUGACAUUUUAUUUGAAACAUGAAUGAGGCUGCUUACAUGUACAGCAUCAUUUUUCCCCCUUAGAAAUAGUUUAGAUUUUCCUCUCAAUUCAGUCAAAUGUGACAUUUUUAGUAUGCUAUUUAUUUUCUUAUUCUUUUACAAUAAAUUAUUAUUAUUAUUAUUUUUUUUUACAAUAUUACAAUAUUUUCGGUGUGGAUGUGACUUGAUUGUAAGCUUAGUUGUGAACACUAGAUGGCACUAGAGAAAAAUUUAGAGGGACAGAACAAACAAAAAAACACGUUUAAAUGUUCUUUAUUUUCUUUUAAAAUAAAAAAUAUACCUCUUAUUUCACAUAAGAACUUAACGUAGAGUACCCUGAUAAGUAGCACAUUGGGAUGGGCAAACAAUAAACACAUAUACACGAUAAAAAAAGAAAUAGUAAAAAAAGAAUAGAAUACAUUAACAUAAAACAUUUAUAAAAA